UUUGGUGAUCCAAGCACUGAACGGUGGUAUAACUAGUGCAAAUAUUAUCGUCAUACGUCCACCAAGUUCACCUCUCACCCGCACCCAUUCUCUACCAAUAUGACCAUAGUCUUAAAUGAUCUCGCUUGGUGGCCAAACAUUAAUGCAAAUCGUAUUCAAAGCUAUUUUGUAGUUGCCGCCGUCGUUGGAGUAACAUAUGAUUGGGCACUUGCAUUCGGACAAGAGAUUGAAUUGGUCUGGACGCAACGCUGGUCCUUGAUGACAAUUCUGUACCUUAGUGUGCGCUACCUUGGAAUCGUAUAUACUGCCCUGGACAUGCUUGGCAUUGUUACCACCAUCUCGCUGACAGAUCCAGUGAGUUUUAUUACGUUCGCCGUACGGAAUUGGACGAAUAUUUUGGUAUCUGCGAUGCUGUGGGUCAUCAUCACCACUCGGUUACAUGCUAUGUAUGAACGAUCCAGAAAAAUCCUGAUAUUUCUUAUUUUCACCUUCCUGGUUGUCAACAUUUUCGACGGAGUGGUUGUCAUACUAUUAACGAUGUAUGUUUCAGGAGAGGAACUCAUUUUGUCCGGCACCUAUCAGUGUGCAUUUGACUGUGCGGAAGAUACCCUGCUUCUGGCUCCAAUUACUUGGAUACUUGGAACUGUGUGGGAGGUCCUCGCAUUAUGUCUCGCAGUGUGGAUUACGGUAAAGCACUUCCGUGAACCGCGACAAGGAGGGAUUAUGGAGGACUGUUUCACGGUGUUGAUGAAAACUCACGUGGUUUACUUUGCCAGCUUUGUUGCUAUUUCUUGCUUACAGCUCAUUGCUGAUUACUCUCCAACACUCUCAAGCGGCCAAAAUCCUGUAGAAACUCAGACUUUUUAUGGCUUGCUUGAGAUCUUGGAGGUGGUGCAGAUGUUUGUGCUGGGACCAUGUCUGAUCCUUAGCAUUCGAGAGUAUCACGCUAGGCUUGUGGCUGACUCCGACGCAGCAACUGGUAUGACCUCGAUCGCUUUCCAGGAGCGUGUGCAUAUAUCGACUGGCAAUGGUGUGUAAUGUUAACGGAUGUCUGGUGCUCUACAAAGAGCAGGAGAAUUUGCUUUCAUUUAUUCUCACUUUCGUGA